AACAAAAAUAAUUUGUAUAAUAUAAAAAGAGACAAUAAAAUAACUUUCCUCCCUUAUAUACAAAUUUCACAAAUUCGAAAUUAGAAAAUCCCGAUAUUAUUUUUUUAUCUUUAAAUAUCUUUUAUUUCUUUUAUUGUUUAAAUAAAAUUAAACUCAUUAUUAUUUAAUAACAAAAUGAAAAAAAAUAAUUGAAUAAUAUAAGAUAAUAAAAUUCAAAACUUAAAAAAGGUUUUUAAAAGAAAAAUUCAUUACCAAUAACAAAAAAAUCAAACCUUUACUUUUAAUUUUAAGGAUUUUUUAAAUUAUUUUCGUUAUCGGGUUUUAAUGUAAAAUAAAGUAAAAAAAAAAACAUUGGGUGAAAAAUAAAGUAGUUAAAUUUUGUAAAGGAAAUUAUUUCCUUGGAUUUUUUAUCUUAGAACCACAGAUUUGAUCAAAGUUCUAAAAUCACUCAAUGGCACAAAGACUAUUGCUCAGAAUGGUUCCCCAAUUAGUAUUUUUUCUCUCAAUCUUUUCGACGUUAUCAGCUGAAAGAUGGUCUAGGCAGAUUUCACAAGAUUUGAUUGAGCAUCCCGAAAUAAUUAACGAUUGGAUUCCAUUAGCCCCAAGUAAUCAACAACAUCAAUUCCCUAGACAAGCUGCGUUUGUGAUUUCAUCCACAUUACCACCACUUUUAGAUCCAACAACUACUUCAGCUCCUACAGUUUCAUCAACGACACAAAAUAUUGAUAGAUCAAAUAAUGCGCGUGUUCUUGCUUAUUCUAAUAACAUUUAUAGUGAUAGUAACCUUCAAAGUGCAGCAACCCAACAAAACCCGAAUGUGUUCAAUUUCGUUAGUCCUUUUCAAUAUCAACGUUACCAGCAAUCAGAAGGACAAAAACCUCCAAUAACAUCACAGCAACCUACUUCCCAAUCAUUUUUUAAAUUUGAAAUGCCCACGUUUUCUGUCGAUGGCCGUGGGCAAUCCCAACCAAUUCAAACUGGUUAUCAAAUUCAACAUACUUUUGGACCAGCUCCGGUACAUUCUGUAAUAACAUCACCAUUAUUUACAUCACAAAAACAAACCCAGUUUCCAGCAGAAUAUCAUUCGCACUCCGGACAUCAAAUUCAGCAACAACAAUUUCAAUCAGAAAGAAAACCACAUUUAGAAUUAAAAACGAAAGAUUCAAAACCUUCAACAACUGCAAAUCAUGAAAACUCAAUUGCUCACAGACCAGAAACUUAUGCUAAUACUCCUCAAACUUUUCAAAAACCAACGUCAUUUCAAGCACCAUUCCAAAAUGCUUACAAAUCACAAGAACAAGUAGAAAAUGUAUAUACUUUGCAAGAACCUGCUCCUGUUAAAUCACCACAAGAACAAGAAAUACAAUUGCUUUAUGUUCCGUAUGAUACGCUUUAUUCCCCUCAUGCUGCACCGCAAUUGGGUUACAAUAAUGCCAAAUACAAUGUCGUACAACAGCCGGUCAAUCCAUUACAAAUAAACAAUUUCUAUACUCAAGAUCCGUUAGAUAAUCGAGAUGAAAACUAUUUUGUAUCUCAGGCAGUAAAAGCGGCAACAACUUCAACUCAAAGACCGACUACGAGUUCGACCGCAUAUACACCAAUUACCAAUUCUAAUCAAUUUCUAAAUCCUAAAUUCACAACAUCGAAACCUAAACCAAAGCCACACCAGCCACCUCUUGCAAUGUUUUUACAAAAAAUUUCAACUCGAUCAACCCCAUAUGAUAUUGUUAACAUUAUCAGUAAAGAUAAAUCAGUUGCCGUGCUUGAUGCUCCUUCUAAAAAUGCACCGCAAGUGUUUAUUGGACCUUCCGGACUGCAAGCGCCCCCUGGCUACACCAAAUUUGAAUUGCCUUAUUUGUCAAAUUUUAACCAAAAUAAUUUGGAUACGACUUUAAAAGCAGUACCAUUCUUCGUUGCGCCGCUUAGUUACAAAACACCAUUCGGAUUUUCCAAAAUAGUUCUUCCAGAACCCCACGUAGGAUCUUUAGUUAUAAACAAACCUUUUCAAACCGAAGAUAUGUCACACAUCAGAAGUUCAACUAGACGUCCCCAAAGACCGCAAACGUCAAAAGAUAUGUUUAAUUUGUCUCCAUAUGUUUCCAGAGUGCCUCAAAGUAGAGCUCCUACUACAAUGCCAAAACAUAAUUCACAAUUCCAGUCAUCUCCUUCUUACGAAGAUAAUAUAUAUCGCCAACAACUCCCAGAAGAAGUUUCACCAGUUAGUCAGACACAAAAAGAUUUUUAUAACAAUCCGUAUCCAGAUGUUAUAAAAGAAGUUUCUUCACCAAAAACAAUACAAAAGCAAGCUCACUCAAGAAUAAAAACCACUACAGAAUCACCAUUUUCACAAACUGUAAAAUCUAGACCAAUUGAAAAAAUCUCGGAUCAUACAUACACUUCAAUUCCAACAGAAAAGUUUAGAACAAGUGCAAAGCCAACUGAAUCUAUUUUUGUUGAAAGAAUAAAAACCAAACCUGUUGAACCCGUAUUUACAGAAACAAUUAAGCCGUAUGCUCAUUUUAAACCAAUGCCAACUAAUCUUGAAAAUGAUGAGUACUUCCGUUCACCUGUUCAACCAUCGACUGCAACACAAAUAGAUUCGGAAACUACUUCUACUGCACCCCCUAUUUCUAGAGUAACUACAACACCUCGGGCGUCCAUCGCAACUACCGCUCGGAAUCAUCAUAUUGAAUCAUUUAAUUCAAAUAGAAAUGCCAAACCAUCUCGAGAUCAACAAUAUUUUGAAACUACCAGUACAAAACCAAUUCAAAAUUCAAAUGUUUUCCAACAUAAAUUUCAAUCAAAACCUUUAUUUGAUGACGAAUACAGAAUGAAAGCUUAUUAUCGGCAACAGAAUAUCAACAAGAAUCGACUGCCAACAGCACCUGAUACAACAGUAAGAACCCGUUUCGAAAGCGUUCAAUAUACUCCUGUUUCCCUAGAUUACGAUAAACCUUCUUCAACAUUAUCUUAUUUCGAUGGAUCAACUCUACGUACAACGACUCCCCGCGUUACAUUUUACACUCCUUCUUAUAAAGAAAACGAACCAAACAAUAUCAUAAAACAAGAAAAUGACCCAAAUAAUUCAUUUAAUCUUCAAAAGGAGCCUGAACUUGAAAAUCAAACAAUCAGGCCAAGAACAGAAUACUCACAAUCAACAAUCUCAGCUCAUAUUUCAAAUAACCAACAAAAUGAUGGCAAUGAUGUUACGAUUUACAAUCAUGAUGACGUUAAACUUCAAGAAAAUGAUUUCGAACAAGCAUAUAAUUUACCUUCUGAGCUGCCGCCAUUAACGCCGAAUCUUCCCGGCUUAGUAAAUGCUUUAAAAGAAAACGAACGUCUAAAUGCUAUCGAGAAAGACACGACAGAAACAGUAACAACCACUACGUCAACAGCCAAUCCCAGAACAAGAAAACCAAUACACCGUGGUAGGAGGCCAACGUCCAGAACAUCAACAUCUUCAUCAGUUUCUUAUUCUUCGUCUGAUGAAACUAUUACAAAAAAACCUAUUAAUCGCCCACGAAGACCAUAUUCUCCCCCAACUCGUAACAGUUCUACAGCAACAACUAGUGUCUCCUCAAGCAGCAGUGUAAGUACGGGGGGAACUACUAGAACUUCUAUCCGAAAUCCAAAUCGUAUUCGCUAUAACCCGACAAAUGAAGAGCGUAGACAUUUCCGGUCCAAAACGCGAAAACAAAAUGCAUCGACUUCUAAGAAAAAUAAAGAAAACGUAGAUGAGGACAAUCUUGAAUAUCAAAGAGAUGUGUUAAAACAGAACUACCCAGUUUUCAAGCAUCCUACCAGAAAACCAUUUUUAACCACUACUACAGAAAAAGUUCAAGAAGUAGUAACAGUCACACCCAGUACCCUUGAAGAAGGUUUUCCAGGCCUAUUAGAACCAAUGCAAAUUGCCCAACAAUAUCAACAUCAACAAUUUCAAGACAACUAUGGCCCCGGAUAUUUUCCUAAUGAAGAAGAAGUUAAUCCAACUGAGCCGCUUCGAAAUGAAAUCAUUACCACAACUCAAAUAUCACCAUCAGCUUCACCCACAACAACUGAAAAUGUCCGUGUUGAAAUAACAAAACGACCCGCUUUUAUAAGAAGAACAAGGCCGUCUAAAACAACUGAAGCACCUAUUACUACAACUACUGAAGCAAGCGAAAAGUUCACAGUACGCCCCCGUCGUCCAGAUGGUUCUAUUCCAAGAAAAGUUAUUAAAGUUCGAACACGUACGCGCAGACCUCAUCCAGUUUCCACAACUGUCGAGCCGGAUAAGGAAAAGGAAAAUUUACAGAAGGUCUCAAAGUUCAAUCAGGAUUUUUACCACGAUGAUUACAAAAACAACGAAGCUACAUACAAUAGACGAUUGCCUUCAAGACAAAAAUUCUUUUUAGAUACUCAAGAAACCAAGUGGUCUCCUGCUCUUUCAAAAUCAGAAAACUUUAAACCCCUUAAUACGCACGAAAGUGAAAAAUCAGUUAAAUAUGACAAUGAUCAGUACAUUGUUACAGCUGGUCCAGAAAACCAGAAUUCAAAAAAACAAUCGGAUACAUUUGAAUUUAAUGUUUCGGCAGGUUUCGGACCAUCCAUAAAGACAUAUGGAUCUAUUGUCAAAACGGAGGAUAAGGAUUUAAAAUUUAUAAAGAAAAAAACUUUAGAAAAAACAAUUGAACCAACAUUUGAAGAACUGCUUGAACAAGUCAUGACAGAUUUAGGUCGAGAAGUAGCAGCUAAAAAAGAAGCUAAAGCUGCUGCAAAUGAAGCAUCAAAAAUAAUUAAAGAAGAAUUUACCAGACAAAUAAAAUUCCCAUCUGAUGAUAAAUACAAUACCACCAACAGACGCGGCGUUUGGAAGAAAGUUCGAGUAACGCAAUCAUCUUCUUCUACAGACGGUUUUGAGACAGCUGAAUCACAAAAUAUAGGAACACAGUUAUUUAACUCCCUUUAUAUCAAUGAAAAAGCUGUAACUCCAAAGCCGCAAUUGAUUAAUCAGUCCGAAUUGAACCUAGUAACCACAAUUAGUAAGUCUGAAUCAAGUACACAACUAUCAGAUUUUAAGCCAGAAAUAACGUCUACAAUCAAUCCUGAUACUGUACCAUCAAUUACAACUGAAGAAAUGGUUACAUCAACAACAUUAGAUCCAAACAAAUUCGACACAACUUCAACUACCACCCAAAAAUCAAUGUUAAUAUUAGAACCUCAACCAUCAGAAUUAAGUGCAACAGCAUCAACGACUUUUAAACCUUUUAGCGAUUUUGAUGGUACUACAACAAGAUUCUUUAAUGAAGACUAUGAAGAAAAUGAAAAUAUCGGUAGUAUAAUUUCUCGAAGAUUUGAUCAAGAGCAUAACAAUGAAAACACAGAAAAUGAGGAAACGGUUCCUGAUGAUUUAGAUACACAACCUAGUCUAUUCGAUGAAGUUAGAAGCCACUUAAAAAAUUUGUUUACUGUACAAGAUUAUGAAGAUGAUUACGGUGAUAUUAUAAAGCCAAAUUUCCAGCCACGCAAACAUGAAUAUACAACAAUUCAAAGAGUUCGAUCAUCUUCAACUGCUACACCAGAAACUGAAUCCCCAACAGUUGAAGUAACAACAUCUAAAGAUACAUUAUUUCAUAAGAAUCUAAUGAAAAAUGUUAUUUUCGCCACAUCAACUUCUAAAGAAGUUUCUCAUGAGACUGAAAUUUGUUACCGCGGUAGAUGUAUAAAAUCAUCAAGAACAUAAUUAAACAAAAAUAAAUGUUGUGAAUAUAAUAUGAAGUUUAAAAUUAUAUAAAAGAAAAAAAAAUUAAGAAAAUGUUAUGUAUUAAAAAUUUUUUAUCUCAGGAUAAAACUCUAAACAAUUGUAAGAGUUCUUAAGAAUUAAAUUUUUAGUGCAAUACUGUCUUAAUUAAUAUCUUAAUAUGUAUGUAAUUAAUUCUCUGCUUAAAUUAAGCUAGUAAUAUGAACAUGUACAUUUUAAAACCAUUAUUUCACCCUAAAAAACAAUUAAA